CGGGAAGCUAAAUGCCCCUGAGCAAAGUGCAAAGUCUCCACCCAGCUCCACCAGUAUCCACUGAUCAUUAUGCUCAUGACAAUUUUACUGCACCAUAUCACCAGCUCUCCAGGGACAUUAAAACGAAGAAAAAAAAAAGAGACAUUAAGUAAUUUAUUGCUUAACUAUUUUGUCUUUGAUGAUAUUUGUGAGUUUGGACGGUUAGGACCAGAGCAUGUUUGUGACUGUGCUCUUGCUUCUGGUCACUCUCUGUGCCCAGAGAGGAAAUGGCGAGGAGAGAGCGGAGGCACAGAGACCCGGCCAUGUUUCAGUGGUGAUAGUAGGAGGCACAGGGGAUCUGGCAAAGAAGUACCUGUGGCAGGGCUUCUUUGAGCUGUACGUUAACCAGGUCAGUAGUGGAAACACCUUUUCCUUCUACGGCGGAGGGCUGUCACCGGCCGACGCAGCCACACCGGUCCUCUUUGAGAUCCUAAAGGCGGUGUCCUGCUCAAGGAAUGUAUCGCAGGAUCGCUGCGCUCUGCUGAAAGAGCAGUACCUGCGGCUCGCACAGUAUCGGCAGCUGAAGACCCUAGAGGACUACCAGGAUUUGGCCAAGCACAUUGAGCAAGAGCUUCAACAAGAGGGCAUAACAGAGGCAGGGAGGCUCUUCUACCUCUCAGUACCAGCAUUUGCAUACGCAGAUAUUUCUGAAAAGAUAAAUAAUAGUUGCAGGCCGACCAACGGGGCGUGGCUGAGGGUGGUGCUAGAGAAACCUUUCGGACACGACUUCCGGAGUGCUCAGGUACUUGCAUCUCAGCUCGGGAGCUCCUUGAAGGAUGAAGAAAUGUACAGAAUCGACCAUUACCUGGGGAAGCAGGUGGUUGCAAAGAUACUUCCAUUCAGAAUAGAGAACAAGAAGUUUCUGGAUCCCAUCUGGAACAAGCACCACAUUGAGAGAGUGGAGAUUGUAAUGAAAGAGACCCUCGAUGUGAAAGGUCGUAUUCCCUUCUAUGACCAAUACGGGGUGAUCAGAGAUGUGCUCCAGAACCACAUGACUGAGGUCAUGACCCGGUUGACCAUGAGGCUUCCCAUGAAUCUGAGCAGCAGUGAGGAAGUCCUCCAAAACCAGCUGCAGAUCUUCAGUUCCAUGCUGCCUUUAGGAAGGAGUCAAGCUGUGGUCGGCCAGUACCAAGCAUACAAAGCCGCAGUUCAGCAGGAGUUGAAUAAGACAAAAGAUCACGUCUGUCUCACGCCAACAUUUGCAGCUGUACUGGCACACAUCGAUGACACCCAGUACGAAGGUGUGCCAAUUCUUUUGACCUCAGGGAAGAUGUUGGAUGAGCGUGUGGGAUAUGCACGCAUCCUUUUCAAGAAUGACAUCUUUUGUCUUCAGAACCACAACAGUGUCCACUGCAAGCCCAAACAGGUAGUUUUCUACUUUGGGCAUGGCAGCCUUCAAUAUCCAGCAAUUCUUGUCAGUAAGAAUUUAUUCAAGCCAGUUUUAAUGGACAGUGAGUGGAAGGAAGUGACAGAGCCUACAGAUGUCAAUAUUCUAGGUUUGCCUAUUUCAGACUAUUAUGUGCAAACUCCAACAGAGCAGAGAGAAGCUUAUUCCGAACUUAUUUCUCACAUUUUUGCUGGCCGUAAGAACAGUUUCAUUAGUACUGAAAACCUGCUGGCUUCCUGGGGCUUAUGGACACCACUACUCAAUAGCCUAGCCAACUCUUUUCCCCGCAUCUACCCCGGGGGUGCCGACAACGGAGACCUUCUGGACAUUCGUGUGAAAGGGAAAGACAUUGGCUUUAACAGUGAGGUGGUGAUAAUCAGCCCUGAUCAAAUGGGUGGCAUGUCAGCAAACGGUUUCCAAGUGAUGCAAGGCAAAUAUCGUGGUGCUGACAUGGUGUCGGCCUGGGCUGAGGAGCUGGUGGAGAGGCUAGCUGCAGACAUUCAGGAAGCAGCGGAGGCAGCAGUGGAUGAGGGCGGUGUUUUCCAUCUUGCCCUCUCUGGUGGAUCCACUCCCCUUGCUCUGUUCCACAGGUUGGCCCUGCACCACUUCUCCUUCCCCUGGAGGAACACCCAUGUGUGGAUGGUGGACGAGCGCUGCGUGCCACUGACAGAACUGGACUCCAACUUCCACGGCAUGCAUGACCAUCUACUGCAACAUGUGAGGAUACCCUAUUACAACAUCCACCCCAUGCCAGUGCAGCUCAACCAGCGUCUAUGUGUGGAAGAGGACGGAGGAGCGCUGCUGUAUGAGAAAGAGGUCAGCAAGUUCGUUAAUGGCUCCAGCUUCCACUUUGUACUGCUGGGAGUCGGCUAUGACAGCCACACAGCCUCUCUGUUCCCUGGUAGUAGAGUGGAUGAACUUGGGGAGAGUCUGGUGGCCCUCACUGAGAGCCCCGUCAAGCCUCACCAACGCAUGAGCCUUACUUUCAGUGCCAUUAACCGAGCUCGCACGGUUGCUCUUUUAGUGAUGGGCAAAGGCAAGCAUGAACUGAUCACCCAGCUGAGCCGAGUGAAGGACAACCCAGACAAGUGGCCUGUCACCGGAGUGAAGCCUGCUGACGGUAGACUUGUUUGGUAUAUAGACUAUGAUGCACUUUUAGGGUAGGAAUUACAUUCCUUACUUUCAAUCAGACAAAUGCUUUUGGACAGCUGGUUGGUUGAAGAGAAAGUAUGAGCCAGCACUUAAGGACCAGCGGGUUUACAAGUUUUAACUUAUAACCACAAAUCACAUUAACAUUACUGCUGCAGUUUUUUACAUUAUGCCACAUUAUCAGGUUUGUGGCAGGAAUGUUUAGUAUUUGCAAUUUGUAGUUAAUGGGUUAAAACAACUGGUAUGGUCCUUUUUUUUAUUGGAAGUUUAAUCCUCAUUGAAAUAUUUUUCUGUGGGGGUGUGUGAAAUGCAUAUGCAGACUUGUUUUAUAGUUUAUCUUAGCCUAAUUGUGUGAGAUGAGUGAAAAUCUAGACAAAUACAUAAAGUAUGCAUGUCCACAUUUACAAGUACGACGUAUGUAUGUAUAGCAGUAUAUGCAUAUCUGAUGUCAGAAACAACUUGUACAGAAAACCAAUUACUACAAACAGAAAGUUGUUGAUCUUGUAUGAUCUCAGGUGAUUUUGAUAAUUUGCAGAUGUGCAGUUUGCUGUGUAAUCUACACUUUUUGAUUGUAUUGUUUUUUGUGUAUGCUAAUAAUAGAAACACAAACAUU